AUGGAGAGAAAGUUAUAUAGCCAUCUUCAACCAUUUAUCUCAUUAUACCAGAAUGAGACGUUUACCAUUUCUUCUCAACCGCUGCUUAACAACAGGAACUUGAGGAAGAGUGUUUUUAAGAAGUCUGGAGUUUGUGAAACUUUAGAUGAGAUUGAUUUCCAUAUGUCUACUUCUGCCAAAUAUCUGCUCAUCUCAGCCUUUCUUGCUUCACGGAAUCCAGCAACCCUUGAUGCCUCACUCUUUGAUUCAACAGGAGGAACUGACAAUCGGAAAAAAAAGCGAAAGGUUUCUGAAAAAUCAAUUGACCAGAAGGAAGCAAAAGAACAAGAAAUACUCAUGAAAGGACCUGGAACUUUUCCGCUAGAGAGGCUGUUGGCCAUACAUCAAUGCAUCGCAUCAGUUGGAGAAUAUUCACUUGAUAAUGAAGAACUACAAAAUGAUGGAUUGGGAGCUGAUGGUUCUGAUAGUGGAUCAAUGUGCGACAUUCUCUUGCAACUAUCCAGUCUAUGUAAUGCCAAUUUUAUUACCAAAGGUGGAAGCUGCCCACUGGAAGGCUCAACACGGUAUCGAUCCAUAGUGUCUGAAGAUAUAGUUUUGAAGGUUGCUAGGAGUCUGAAAUUCCCCUUGUCAAGAUACUUGUACAGAAGAUAG